AAAUGCAAAGCACUUCCCAUUCCAAACUUGCAACUAGUUACAUUUGGCUACUUCCACACAUUGGCUAAGAAAGCAAAGGGAGGAAGGAACAGGGUUGUGCUGUCAGUUGAAUUAAAAUAAGACAGAGAUAGUGGAAUUCUUACCACAUUAAUGAACGUGUUCCGACACUAGUUGGUAUCUCUCCCAAAUAAUUCAAUAUGGUAAAGAUGCUGUUUCUCCAGAGUGCUCUCUUUCUUGCUAGCUUACAUGGAAUUCAGACUCUUAAAAUCUGUUCCUUUAACGUGAGAUCAUUUGGAAAAUCAAAAGUAGCCAAGGAAGGAAUCCUGGAUGUGCUUGUGAAGGUAAUCUCCCGUUGUGAUCUAAUGUUGAUGAUGGAAAUCAAGGAUUCAAGAAAUAAAGCAUUUCCUAUGCUAAUGGAAAGACUGAAUAACCAAGGCAACGGUAAUGAAUACGAAUUUGUCAUUAGCAAACGCUUGGGACGAAAGGCCUACAAAGAACAGUAUGCUUUCAUUUACAGGCCAAAACUGUUAACAGUAAAAAGAAUUUACCAGUACCCUGAUCAUCAUGGAGACAUUUUUGCAAGGGAGCCAUAUGUGGUAUGGUUUUCAUCGCGUUAUACCACUGUAAGGGACUUUGUCAUUAUCCCACAACACACAGCACCAGAUUCAGCAGUCCGUGAACUGAACGGGCUAUACGAUGUUUAUGUGGAAAUGAAACAACGCUGGAGAGCAAAGUAUUUCAUACUUAUGGGAGACUUCAAUGCAGACUGUGAAUACGUCCGCAGGAAGGAAUGGCCAAGUAUCAGAUUGAGAAAUGAUACCAAUUUUAUUUGGCUAAUUGGAGAUAAUGACGAUACAACAGUAAAACAUAGUACACACUGUGCAUAUGACAGGAUUGUACUCCGUGGAGAAAAAUUAGUAAACGCAGUCAUUCCGAAUUCAGCCAACAUAUUUAACUUCAAAGAAGCUUAUGGCAUGACUGAAAGACAGGCCCUGAAUGUGAGUGACCAUUUUCCUGUGGAAGUAGACUUGCGGAGGUCGCGUAGCAUCUUUUACUUUUUAAGAUCUCUGGCAGGUCCAAAGGAAGCUACCUUUUUGAUUACGAUGAAUGGAAUGAGAUUCUGGCCAUCAAACCGCACCUCCCAUUGCGGACAUCAGCAGUGAGAAUUCAAGAAGUGGGUGACUUAAACUGCAGCACCUUGCCUACGUGACUAACUGUUCAUACGUAAGCUGAAGGAAGCAGCAAGUGACCAGUCAAUGUUUGAAUGGCAUGAACAAGUUUUGUUUCCACCAUCUGGUGAACUUAUACAACAAGAUGUCAAUUUUGACCAAUACCGAUGAGAAAUUAUGUGAAAAUCCAACCAAACCAGGAUAAGAUGGCAGAGGAGAACAUAUACAUUGAGCAUCUUAUUAAAACUUAUGUUUGAACUUGCUGAAAUAGAAAGAAAUGCUUCUUAAAAUAUAACCAAUAAUAAAUUACAGCAAAUGCUUUGAUAAACUGACAAUGAUGCUGGAAUCAAAAGAACUUUGCUUACUGUUAUCAAGUCAUACAAUACCAUAACCUAUAGCCAUAGUAC